AUGGUGUGUACUGGCAGCGGGUCAUCGAGGACCUCAUCCAGGCAAGGAAGGUCCACCAGGAAGCUCUUUCCACAGUUCGUGCAGAAGGAUGGUUCUGAGAUUAUCCCCUUGGGAAACGGCAAGGUCCUUCGAUUGGAAGUUCGUGAUGACAUCCGCGAGAACGAUGAGGAGAAGAUCACGCUCAUGAUGACACCAGACGAUCCUCGCAGCAACCUCCGGCGCAACCUCGGGAACCUCAAAGGGGUGCACCACGGCCUGAUAUACGACGAGACGAAGCGCUUCGAGGCGAUGUACGACUCCGUCGCCGACUUCUGA